AUGGCUGAACACCCUUCUUUCACUCUCGCGGCUCUCUUGCCCGCCGGCGGCAUCGCCGGGUUCAUGCGAACGGGUUCUAAGCCCUCCUUGAUCGCAGGUGUGGGUUUGGGUCUUUCCUACGGAUUCGCUGGCUACCUUAUCAAGGAAAACAAGGACUACGGCACGGAGCUUGCGCUGGGAAACAGCAUCCUCCUGCUCGGCUCGGCCAUCCCGCGGAUCAUCAAGACCAAGGCCCGGGCUCCCAUGCCUCUGGUCCUCGGUGCCACCGGUCUGCUGGCGUCGUUCUACUAUCAGAAGAAGGUCCGGGAGUUCAGGUUUGGUGUUUGAUUCGCUGUGUUGGAUGAGAUGACUACCAAAGGCUUAGUUGCUAAGUUGAUGACGGGGUCUGUGGACGCCCUGUGUAUUUUUACUGAGAAUAAGAUGCUGUAUGUUAUCUGCUAGGCUGUUCUACUCGGGCUUGCGAUUAUUCGCACCGCAAUCUAGAUAGAUAACUGGCCCCCGACAGGAUUGGGGGUCCCUCUGAGCCAACCAUCGGCUAGUUCGAUGUUUGAGAUUCCCCUUAGUCGAGCGGUGAGAAGCUCUGCCAUGAUCUUCUGCUUUGAAUCAUUCGACAGAGCAUCAGACACAUCAUACCGAUAUACCGGGUCGAUGGUUGAUACUGUUUGCUUAGUCAGCGUGCUCAGCGUGAAUAAGUUAUGUAGCC